GAGUUUUUAUUUAUAUUAUUAUUAUUUUCGCGAACAAACACUGUCGUUCAUCGUUGCUAAUCAGUGAUCAAUUUAGGUAGGCUAUGAAUCUAUAAUACUUGUUUUUCUUUUAUUUGUUUGUCGAAAGAAAGGAAGCAAAAUUUAUGAGUGUAGAUUAAAUUGCUAAACUGUGAAAAAAAAAACAGAAAAAAUACAAUAAAAAAGUGAACGAAAAAAAUCGUAAACACCCGCUCGAAAAAAUGAGAGAAAUAGUUGUGUUUCACCUGGGACAGUGUGGUAACCGGGUGGCGGAAAACUUUUGGCAGUACAUUUGCGACGAACACUGUUUGAACACGCAGGGUCAAUUCGUGGGAGAGCAUUACCUCCCAUUGCAGCGCAUUAACGUGUACUAUGAUGAGUCGCCGUGCUGCAACUUCGUGCCACGUGCGAUCUUCGCUGACCUGGAACCGAGCGCGCUAAACUAUCUUCGCUGCAGCCAGUACGGGUGUCUAUUUUCGCCGGAAAGUUUCAUCAGCGGUAAAACGAGUGCGGGCAACAAUUGGGCCCGCGGUUACCAUACGGAAGGGGCCGAACUGUUGGACCAGCUGGAGGAUUGUACGCGCCGCAUGGUCGAGGGUUGCGACUGUCUGCAGGGUUUCCAGCUGGUACAUUCGAUCGGUGGCGGUACCGGAUCCGGAUUGGGGACGCUACUGCUGGAAACGCUGCGGGACAACUUUGCCGGCAAGAUCACCAAUACGUUCAGUGUGAUACCAUCGCCGAAGGUUUCGGAAGUUGUGGUGGAACCGUACAAUUCCGUCUUCGCGCUCAGCUCGAUGAUACGCUCGAGCGAUGAAACGUUCUGCCUGGACAAUGAAGCGCUGUAUGACAUUUGUGUGAAAACGCUCCGGCUGCCGGUACCGGAUCUGGACGAUUUGAACCAUUUGAUUGCAUCGGCUAUGGCCGGCAUUACGUGCAGCUUGCGGUACCCGGGUCAGCUGAACUCGGACCUACGGAAGCUGCUAACGAAUAUGGUACCCUAUCGAAAGUUGCACUUUUUCAUACCGGGACUUGCACCGUUGUGUGCGCGCGAUUCCGAAUGCUACCGGCAGACGACCGUACCGGAGCUGGUCUAUCAGCUGUUCAGCAACAGCAACCUAAUGGCGGCGUGUAAUCCACAGCACGGGACAUUUCUAACGGCGGCCGCCAUGUUUCGCGGCCGUCUGUCAACACGCACGGUUGAGGAGCAUAUGAGCGGUGUGCGGUUGAAGAGCCAGCUGUCGUUCAGUGGCUUCAUCCCGAACAAUGUCAAAUCGGCUAUUUGUGAUGUGCCACCGCGCGGUAUGAAAAUGGCGGCCACCUUCAUUGCCAACACGACGGCCAUCACGCAGCUGUUCCGGCGCAUUACGAGUCAGUUUGGGACGAUGUACCGGCAGCGUGCCUUUCUCCACUGGUACACCGGUGAAGGUAUGGACGAGGGUGAGUUUACCGAGAUGGAAAAUAAACUGACGGAGCUGGUGGAUGAGUACGAUACGUAUCGGGAGGAUGGCGGCCAUGUCAAGGAGGAAGUCGAAGAUGAUGAAGAAUAGAGCGUAGAGCAAUGUAAAUUUUAACUACAAAAUAAUCAUACCAACAUAUCGUUGAAAGUGUUGUAGUUUGAAUGAUUAUUUUUUUCCUAAAAAGGGAAUAUAAAAUUACUCAAUAUCUGGAUAAA